CAAACCGGCGCAUAAAUACACCAACUGCCAAAUUUGGCGGUAAUUUUAAAACGAAAGUGAAAGUUGCUACUGACAUGUAUGUUUUAGAAAAUGAAUAAAAAGUCGUGCAGAAAUGACUUUAUCUCUGAUGGUUCAUCUGAUGAAGAGGACAAUCAUGUUGUUGGAAGCCUGUGGGAUAGGCUCGCCCGGAAAAGAAACAUAGGGGAUAUAUCAGACACAUCUUCAGGGUUUGGUGCAACAGUUCCCUCUCUUGCUUCAACUAAAUCUGGUUCACCAAACGAAGAUGUGGAAAGCAGCCACUCCAGUGUUUCAACAUUUAGCACGAGCACUGCCCCUGUGGCCUCCACCGCUGGUGACGUUAGUUCUGAAGAUGAGAUGGAGAGAUUGUUGCUGUCUCAGAUUCUUCAGGAAAAGGGGGAAGGUAACUCUGUGUCACUGGGAAAUGAAGGAGGCAGGGGGAAAAAGAAAAGGUCUAGGGAAGAGAUUGAAGAAAACAGGAAGAUAGCACAGGAGAAGAAAGCAGAGCGGGCCAAACAGAAGCAGAUGAAGGAAGUUGAGAAAGAGAUGAGAAAGGCAGAGCGGGAGGCUAAGAAAACAUACAGUCUUAACUCGUGUUUACAGUUUAUCAAGGUGCUGGUGGACACCAACGUGGUGAACACAUGUGGGCUGGGGGUUCUCAUCCUGAAGGCAUGUGAGGAGCUUGGGGUCACAUGCGAGACCCGGGAGCUGCCCCUCCCCUUCACGGUCAUGUGGGUCAGAAACGUGGCCAGUUCUGGACUCGGACAGGAUAUGAAGGUGGAGACAGUGUACUCGGAGGUGGAGGAGCAGGAGGUGAUCAGCGUUGUCCCAGUGGCGGACUUUGUACAGAUGGUAGACACAUUCAAACAGAGACAGAGAGGGUUGUCAGACAGUGGAAUAACGCUGCAGGAAUAUGUGAGCCACAUGAAGUCCAGCCUGGCAGGGAAGAACAUCUCUGUCGUUGUUCUUGGGGUGGAACAGUACUUCAGAGAUCUCAAAUCGUACACCAACAAAAAGUUUAAGAGCGCAGUCCAGUCCAAGUCAGCCAGUACCUCCAGCAAGCCAACAAAGUCUGUGUCACCGGCGUUGUCUGUUUCCAGGGUGGACAUGGAGGAGACAACUGCGGACACGCUGAUGCAUGCUGACUGUAUGACUUUCAUGCACGACAGUCCGGAGGAGGUGGCCGAUAUGGUCCGCAGGUUCUCAAAGGCUGUAGCUGAACGACCUGCCAAAAAGGACCGCUUUGACCCGAUCUUCUCAUUCCAUGAGGAGGGUGUGGGUGGGGUUAAGGUAGACCGGAGUGGUGGAGGCCUUCUUAAGGUGUGGAAACACCAGUUGCUACAGUUCAAGAAUGUGAGCCCCGACAUCGCACAGGCCAUUAUAGCCGUCUUCCCAAGCCCACAGAUGCUCAGACAGGCUUACAAGAAGUGCCAAACGGAGAAAGAAGCCAUACAAGUGCUGGAGAAUAUUGUGGUACGUCGAGGUGCAGGUGUGCUUGAGACAAGCCGGAGGGUUGGAAAGGAGCUCUCCCGCAGAAUUUACAUGCUCUUCACAUGCGACGACCCUGACUUCGUCAUCAGAUGACAGUGGAGAAUGAUAGUGAUUUUAAUUUACAUUAACAUAACUUUUCACCAUGCUGUUGUGAUUUGUUUUAUCAUUUGCUUCAGAUGUGAAUUAAAUUCUGUGCAAUAAAUUCUUU